AGCUUGAUCUUGACUAUCUCGCUAAAGCAUGGAUCGUUCAAACUCCGGCUGAUCUAAAUCGGUGUUUGAACAAUUUCCAAUGGCCUUAGACUGGACUAUAAAUACACUGAACAUUACCAUUUCAAUAUCCAUUCAAUCAUUCUCCAAAAUGUCCCUCAUCCCUGAGUCUUUGCUUCCCAUCUCCCCAGCGGAGGAAUACUACGACCUGGGUGAAUACAGCCGUCCAAUCACCUGCAACACCAAAGCAGCGCAAACCUGGUUCAAUCGCGGACUCAUCUGGAGUUAUUCCUUCAAUCAUGUCGAGGCCUACCGAUGUUUCCAGCAGGCCAUCGUUCACGACCGCUCCUGUGCCAUGGCCUACUGGGGACUUGCCUACGCAGCUGGACCCAACUACAACAAAUCCUGGCGGAUGUUCGAUCCAGUCGACCUCGAACAGAGCAUCAAGACAUGCCAUGACGCCGCACGACUCGCCCUCAGCCUAUCUCAAACCAACCCAACAACCCCCAUCGAGCAUGCCCUGAUCGAGGCGAUGCAGGCGCGCUUCCCCGUCGACCACCCCGUUGACGAUUUCUCAGCCUGGGACCAUGCCUACGCCAACGCCAUGCAGAAAGUCUACGACCAGUUCGGAGAUACCGACAUGGACGUCGUGACUCUAUACGUCGACGCCCGGAUGCACACCAGCCAGCGCAAGAUGUUCCACGCCCAGACCGGCCUGCCCAUCGCAUCAUCGCCAGUCGAAGAGGUCAAGCGCCUCUUCCACUUCGGUCUGCAACAUCCAGCCGGCGAGUAUCACCCCGGUCUGAUCCAUUUCUCCAUCCACUUCUGGGAAAUGUCAGCCACACCGGCCGUUGCGCUCCCGGCGGCAGAUCGUCUGCGCCAUCUCGUCCCAGACGCAGGCCACAUCCACCAUAUGCCAACCCAUCUGGACGUCCUGGUGGGUGAUUAUCGCCGCUCGAUCGACUCCAACUCGGCUGCUGUGCGGGCCGAUGAGAAAUAUCUCGCACUUAACGGCGCUAAGAAUAUGUAUAGUUUCUACCGGCUGCAUAACUACCACUCGCUGGUAUAUGCGGCCAUGCUGUCGGGUCAGUCAAAGGUCGCCCUCCGCGCAAUCGACCGCAUGGAGAUGUCCAUCACAGACGAGGUCCUGCAAGUCAAAUCGCCCCCGCUAGCGGACUGGCUGGAAUUCUUCAAAUCCCUGCGUGUACACGUCUAUACCCGCUUCGGACGAUGGGAGGACCUUAAAACCCUCCCCCUCCCACACGAUCAAGACCUCUACUGCGUAACAACCGCAAUGACGCACUACGGCAAAGCCAUCGCCUACGCCGCAACAAACGACAUCCUCAACGCAGAAACCCAGCGAGACCUAUACCACGCCGCCGCAAACCGCGUCCCACCCACCCGCAAAGACCACCCCAACCUCAUAAUCAACAUCCUCAAAGUCUCAACCGCCAUGCUGGACGGGGAAAUCGAGUAUCGGAAACGCAACUUCGCCCGCGCAUUCGAUCACCUCCGCGAGGCUAUCCACCACGAUGAUUCGCUCAUGUAUACAGAACCCUGGGGGUGGAUGCUGCCUAUCCGCCAUGCGUAUGCAGCGCUGUCACUGGAGCAGGGACUGAUCGAGCAGGCUGCGAUGGCGUAUGCGGAGGACUUGGGUCUGGAUGGGGGGUUAACCCGCGCGCAUCAGCAUCCGAAUAAUGUGUGGGCGCUGCAUGGGUAUCAUGAGUGUUUGGUGCGCUUGGGACGGGAGGCAGAGGCGAGGAUUGUCAAGCAGCAGUUGGAUCUGGCGGUGGCGGUGGCGGAUGUGGAUAUCAGGUCAUCGUGCUUUUGUCGGUUGGGGGUGAUGAAUGAGUGUUGUUCGUAGUGGAUGUUUUUUUGAAUGAUUUAUGGACUUAUACGAGGAGCAUUGCAUACUGUAAACCAGCCAAUCAGUUGACCUCGGUGUUUGAAUAAUCAAACCCCGCUUAUAUAGG